AGUUAAUUCUGUCUGGGAGGAGUGUGUGUGUUUAAGGCAGUGCCUGGGAUGACUUAUAAUGUAAUCUUUAGGCAAAACGCUUUGUAAUUGGUGCAGCUCUGAGAACACACGCAUGCAUUCCAGGCGGUGCUGCUGGGGCUCGGCGGGGCCGUGUCUGGUCUACAAGGCGCGCGGGCUCGUGGGGGGUUGCUGGGGAGCCCACGCUGCCUGGCGACUCGGGCUACCGAAUGUGAGACCGAGUCCCUGUAUGUCACCAGCGCACACGCUGAUUUGAACCCUGCUUCGACGUGUGUGUCAUGGCUUAAAAAUAGCUGCUAAUCUGUCAACCUGUCUUGGGCAGAAACAGCGGCGGCGACAGCAGCAAGAGCGUCAUGGCCGUGGCGCUGUCUGCGCCGGCGAUCCGCCUUUCGGACUGAGGCCCAGCGCAGCGCUUGCAAAGAGCAGCUACCUGGCAACUGAACCCAUCAUUGCCGCAGCCACUCCUGCAGCUGCCACGGUUUCUGCCACCUCUAAGAUGUGCCCUGGUAACUGGCUUUGGGCUUCUAUGACUUUUAUGGCCCGCUUCUCCCGGAGUAGCUCAAGGUCUCCUGUUCGAACUCGAGGGACCCUGGAGGAGAUGCCAACCGUUCAACAUCCUUUCCUCAAUGUCUUCGAGUUGGAGCGGCUCCUCUACACGGGCAAGACGGCCUGUAACCAUGCCGACGAGGUCUGGCCAGGCCUCUAUCUCGGAGACCAGGACAUGGCUAACAACCGCCGGGAGCUUCGCCGCCUGGGCAUCACGCACGUCCUCAAUGCCUCACACAGCCGGUGGCGAGGCACACCCGAGGCCUAUGAGGGGCUGGGCAUCCGCUACCUGGGUGUUGAGGCCCAUGACUCGCCAGCCUUUGACAUGAGCAUCCACUUCCAGACGGCCGCCGACUUCAUCCACCGGGCACUGAGCCAGCCAGGAGGGAAGAUCCUGGUGCAUUGUGCCGUGGGCGUGAGCCGAUCCGCCACCCUAGUACUGGCCUACCUCAUGCUGUACCACCACCUUACCCUUGUGGAGGCCAUCAAGAAAGUCAAAGACCACCGAGGCAUCAUCCCCAACCGGGGCUUCCUGAGGCAGCUCCUGGCCCUGGACCGCAGGCUGCGGCAGGGUCUGGAAGCAUGAGGGGAGGGGGAGAGAGGUCAGGCCAGGCCCGUGGGUGGGUCCCUGGCUUCCGGCUGGAGAUAGGAGGCCCAGGUGGCAGGUAGCAGGAGGCCCAGGUCACCCAUCCUCCCCUGGGGUCAGGAGAGGCCGAGCCCCAGGCCACUGUCACUCUUUGUGGGAGGGGACGGGGAGUGAGGUUGGGCAGUGUGGUGGAUGGGCACCCAGGAAGGGUUGACCAGGGAAAGAGGCAGCUAGGCUGUAGAUGGAAGAUGGUCCUGGGAUUCGAACACCGCUGGGAUCUGGCCAGGGUGCUCCCUGGGAUUCACAGUCCCUUCCCCUCUUUGUGCCCAAGUGUUCCCCUCUCUCCCUCACCAAAACAAAAGGGCCAUCUCUGCCCUGCACUUGUGCAGAAAGUCAGGGAUACGGCAAGCAUGAAUGCAAUGGUGUAGAGUUGUGUGAAACCCCUAGCAUAGAGACAGACAGCGAAGAGAUGGUGUGAAAAGCUUGCAGAACCAGAGAGAGAACCCCACAGACUUUCCACUCCAAGCGCAGGAGGAGGUAGCUAGCGUGUGAGGGCUGGCACUAGGCCCACGGCUGCUGCUUGGGGCCAAAAACAUACAGAGGUGCAUGGCUGGCAGUCUUGAAAUUGUCACUCGCUUACUGGAUCCAAGUGUCUCGAGGAUAAAUAAAGAUCAUGAAAAAGAA